AUGUAUCAUCUCUUGAUAUCAGAAAACAGGGACCCGGAACUAUUCUCUACGGUGGUGUGGUUUUUGUGGAACCAGAGAAACAACUUGCGGCUUGGCAAAGGGUCAAUCCCUCUGGACCAAGUGCUGCAGCAAGCAAGAAACAAACUGCAGGAGUUUCAGAGUGCUCAGACCAGAACAGGGGCUGCAUUGACAAGACAAAGCUCUUCACAGUGGCAGCCACCACCUAGCUCGGUUUAUAAGAUAAACUUCGACGGCGCUCUAUUCAUGCAGGAACAGCGGGCUGGCAUAGGGGUAGCCAUUCGUAAUGAGAACGGGCUCAUCAUGGUUUCAUCCUCUCAACAGAUUCCCCUCCCAGGUACAGUGGUUGAAGUAGAGGCAUUGGCAGCAAGGAAAGCUCUAGAACUAGCUCUUGACUGUGGUCUUGAUAAAGUAAUUCUUGAGGGUGAUUGCGAGAUUCUCUUGAAGACACUCCAGACUGCCUCUAAGUCCCUGGCACAGUUUGGAAAGAUUGCGGAAGAUAUACGAGUUUAUUCUUCAAUGUUUCAAGAUAUAAGUUUCGAGUUUAUUCUUCAAUGUUUCAAGAUAUAA